AUGUCCUUAUUGUCCAUUGUAGAAUCAUCCUGUGGACGACUCUCAUCCGCCCUCAUUUCUGCAACCUGUUUCUCUUCCUUAUUUACCCAAUAUUACCCUUAUUUCAUUUUAUCUCUCCAUUUAGGCCACGUGUUUUUUCUCAUCAUUUUAUGCAAUUUCAUUUUAUGCCCAUUAUUGUCUUUUCCUCUCAAUUACUGUACCGCCCGUUUCACAUUGCCUGCUGAUGUCUUUCUAGCCGAUUUUUGUACCGCCCGUUUCUCCUCGCCGAUUUUUCCCCGUGUCUGCCCGUUUCUCCCUCGUUUGAUUUUGUCGUUCUCCCCCGGUUUCUGUACCGCCCGUUUCACCUCGUCUGUUGAUGUCUUUCUAACCAAUUUUUGUACCGCCCGUUUCUCCUCGCUUGAUUGUGUCCUUUUCCCUCGGUUUCUGUACCGCCCGUUUCAUCUCGCCUGUUGA